AUGCCUCCAAGGUGCUGCGGACAGAUCCCAAUCCAUUACGCAAAACCGCAUCUUACGAAGGAGGAGUUCACAGAGUUCAAAUCCAAGUACGAAGAGUGGCUCACACCAAAUCCAUUUUAUUGUCCAGUGCCAAUAUGCUCGGCCUUCAUUCCAGAACGACUCCUGCCCGAUCAGGCAACGAAAAAGCAAGGGAAGCGCGCUGACUCUGGUGUUGGAACGCCAACGUUGAACGUCUUUGCGUGUCCAACCUGCUCAGCUGAGAUCUGUCUCGAGUGUCGGCAAAUCGCUCAUCCUGACGCUAUAUGCAAUAUCUCUGAUUUCGGCAUCGACGCAGAAACCACAGAGCUACUGAAGAGCUGGGGAUACAAGAGAUGUCCAAAGUGCGGUCAUGGACUGAAACGAAUGUACGGUUGUCUGCACAUGGAGUGUCGAUGUGGAGCGCACUUCUGCUACAUGUGCAUGGACGAGCCGGAGGACUGUGGUGGAGCGUGUAAUGAAUAUGGGGAAGACGACGGCAGUGACGGCAACAUCACGGAGUCUGAUGAGGGCGAGUCUCCAUCUGGCACGAACGAUGCAUCGGCGCUAUCCAACGAGACAUCUCAAGCGCAAGAGACUGUUGGCGCAGCAGCGAUGUCCACGCCACAGCCAGCGCCUCCACGUAAUCUUGAUGCUGGAGGGCCUCGUUACUGGGAGGAUCAAGAUCUAGACUUUGGUGAAGAGCCAGGAGAGGACUACCAGGACCGCUCAUGGAACUGUGACCACAGCUUCGAAACCUACAGAAUUCCCCUCGCAAAAGCUCUGGUCAACGAUUCCGCGGCUGAGAUGGAAUGCGUAAAAUGCUGGUGUUCCAUACAUCCAGAGAUCGAAGCACCAGAUGCCCCGUCAAAAGGCAAACUUAGAGUGUCGACUGUACCAGCAGGCGCAGCAACAAGGGCUCCAGCAGGAUUCGCGAGAGGCCACGGACGAGGAACAGGACGAAGACGAGGGGGGCGACGAUAUAUACCUCCCCGCGGACUCGUCCAACUAGGUGGCGCCAUUGGAACAGCACCUCACCUUACCACCACCAUCACCGCUCCACUAUCUCAAAGCGUGCCAUCCCAGAGUGCAUCCCUCCGCGAAGCAUCGCCCAUGGAAGACAUUGUGUACUCCGACCCCGACCGGGUAGUAGAUACCUACGGCAACAUCAUCGCGACAUCAGAGAUCGAGCUUCGACGUCGAGCAUCCGAUGCAUCUUUCGUCACUGAUGUCCUUCCUCCACGAGCGGAUAGAAAGGCUCAGGCUACCUUCAAUGCCCCAUCGAACAUCUUCUCCAUGAAGUUCAGUCUCGCCCAUGAGUGCGUUAACUGCGCCUUACUCGUGUGCGCAUCGUGCAAAGAAGGUAUCUUGGCUGCUGAAGAGGGGAAGUGA